CUAGAACAUCUUCAAACUCGACUUUCAUCACUGCGAGACUGCGAAGAAGGCCGUCUCUUCCGAUGGCCUAUCUGUAAACCACGAUACCAUACCUAUUCUAUUCUGUCCAUUCUGACUUUACUUCUCCAAUUGUUAUUCUUGAUUCAUUCACUAUCUCCUUCUUCCCCACCUUCCCUUGUGUCUUUUCUUCUUGAAUCUCCUUCCUUGCUGUUGGCUCCUAUCUAACUGAAACCAUACGGCUGCCUCAAUCCGGCGACCGUCUCACGAUUCCCAUUCGCCACCCCUCACCCUCAAACAUCGACCUCCCAAAAGACACCUCACGAGAAAAUAAAGACAACGCACCAAAGAAAACCGAACAAACAGACAAAAAUGGGCUACCUCCUCUACUCCAUAACCUUCGCCUCCCUCGUCGUCGGCACGAUCCUAUACCUGACGCGCAACUACUGGAUGCCAAUCUUCCGCGACCGUGGGCUCUACCUGCGCGUUCCCGGCUCCUUCGCCAGCGACAUCGAGGCCGGCCUGUCGAGCAGCACCUUCGACCUCGGCGCCAACGUCAGCGGCGGCGACGGCCGCGCCGGCCUCGACGACGAAGCCAAAACCCAGAUCCUCGCCAUCAUGAAGAAGCGCCGCCUCCAGUUCGACGACGCCCGCCGCGUCUACAUGGAGCAGCGCUUCAGCGCCAACGGCAUCGCCGCCGACGGCAGGCCCAAGGACCCCAAGUUCGUCAGCUUCUCGUAAGAAGAAAAAAAGACGGGGGAACUCUUCCUCUGCGAAAAAGAAAGAAAAAUGAAAAUCGCAAAGCACCUGUUACAGAUAAGAUGCGAUGCGAUGCGAUGCGAAUUGGGUCGCGCUCGGACUGUGUAUUACCUAUUGCGCCUACCUAUGCGAAGGGGCAGCGUGUAUGUGUAUUUUUCGGUAAGGACGGAGCGUCGGGCUGGCUGGUAGGUUGCCGGCGUGGAUUUGGGAGGCAGGACGGAGAACGGGCCGAUAGGUGGACGGGACUGAGCGACGGACCGACCAAUUUCUCGGCGAUAAGCAUUCGCAUUUUCCUUUAGUAUCUCGACGGCAUGGCGUUUACGGACAUGGACUAUUCGUUGAGUGAGGCCCGGCGGUUUUAUCGCCUUCGGGCACUUGGUAUUCGGCACCAUCGACCUGAAGUAGGUUAUCGACAUCAUACACCCUGGCGUAAUGGAGAAGGGAGGGACGGGAGUCGAGGUUUGCAAUUACAAUUGAAACCCUCGGGGAGGUUAUAUAUACAGUAUAAUCGUAGGUGCGAUUAUAGGGGGACGACGAUGGAUCGUUCAAAAUCUACCUACAUACAUACCCACGACAUUUUCUUAUCUGAAUUCAAUGACAAAAUCUCCAAGUAA